AUGUGUCCAUGGCAUCGUACUCACAGUCAAGCAUCGAUCGCUCUUCGGGGUAACGUGGGUAGUAGCAGCUGUAAGCAAGGAGUAGCUCAAGGGCUCAGGUGCAUCGCCUGUUACUUGGUCAAACGCAUUCUCGGAAAUAGGGGUCCUCUCAGGCGAAUUUUGUUUGGCAUCGGAGUUAUCAUACUCCUAACGACUGCGAGGCAGGGAAGGUCCUUCGCCAUAAUUCUUAAAACGAACACCAAAGAGAGUUGGAUAAAGCUUAAGCUGGCUCCUGCUUUUAAUCCUGCUGUGAAAGCCGUGGGUGGUAAAGGACCAGUGCGCGCAUCAGAGCGUAAUCGCGCAAAUUUUUCUUCAUGUAACACAGAUCCUGGCCAAGCCGAGAAUGCUGAGGGAAGUGCAAUGGGCUACAAUAAUCUUCUCAGAAUCCGCGAGAUCAAGAUGAAUGAAAGUUCAGCGAAAGGGCAACGACUUCUAUGCGUAUUUCCUUCAUUUCCUUCGGUUCAGCUUCAGAACGCUGCGGUAGAAACGUAUGGAAAGAAUUGCGAUGGUCGUCUCGUAGUAAGCCGCAAUACGCCGCUGGUAAGCUACAGUUCCCAGACGUAUUGGAUAAACGAGAGAGACCCUACAUAUAGAGAUGGAGCGGGGGCAAUACUUCAGCAAAUUCUGCACAAAGUCGGAAAUGAGUAUGAUUGGUUUUAUUUUGCUCAACCAGGGCGCUAUUUGAUCGGAUCCAAUGCCCAGAUUCGCCUAUCCUUUACGCGCAACGGAACCGAUUUAGCAAGGAAGAAUCCGUUAGCGCUGCGAACAUACAUACACAAUAUUUGGGAGUUUCCCAAAAAGGUUCAUGCACGAGGGAGUUGCCCUGGAACUGAGUUUUUAAACCGCGCUGCCGUCGAUGAACUCGUUCACGUCUAUCUCAAGAACAAAGAGUCUACAUCAGGAGAUUCCAAUUUGAUUACAUGGAUACAAUCAGUGAUCUCAGACACGGGCACACGAUGUGUGAAAGGCCUGCUAGCAAAAAUGCCAAAUCCACAGAAGUAUGCCGAGCUGCUACUGUCGCCCAAUGCGACAUUCGAGCAACAGGCCGUGGGACUGUAUCGAAUUCAAUCAAUACUGAACGGUACAUGCGACCGCCAAUGGCGAGAAAAAUUCGGAUUUCUGAAUGGAGAUGUUCGGGAUGUAACUUUACUGCGCAAGCAUGGCCCAGCGUUUGAUUUCUUUCCUGCAGGUUUUCACAAAUCCGUUUGUGAGACCCCCUUCGGAACAGGAACCGAAGGACACAUGGGAUACAGGGGUUUGCGAAAGAUCCAGAUUGCGCAGCAGUCUCAAGAGAAACGAAUCUUGUGUAUGAUUUACACCCACGAGAGUCGCCAUGAGCAGUUGCGCUCAAUAGUAGAGACAUGGGGCAAAGGAUGCGACGGGUUCUUUGCAGCUUCAACAAAAAACGACGAAAGUUUAGGAGCAAUCAACUUACUGCACGAAGGUCCGGAGCUAUAUGAUAAUUUGUGGAUGAAAGUCAGGGCUAUGUGGCAGUAUGCUUUUGACCAUUUCUUGAACGACUACGAUUUUUUCCAUAUUGGUGGGGAUGACCACUACGUCAUCGUCGAGAACCUAAAAUACGCUGUUGCUACGGGAAAUUGGAAAGAACACUGGAACCAGAGUGUUCCUCUCUUCUUAGGUGGAUCAGUUGCGGACCACGCAGACCUCCAAAGACGAUACUGCGGAGGUGGCAGUGGCUACACUUUGAAUCGUAUAGCUCUACGAAGGCUGGUAGAAGAGCUUUUUCCCAAGUCACAGUGCUGGCCGCAUUGGACAUCAGCUCAGGAGGACAGAAUCAUGGCAGGUUGCUUCCGGUCAGUUGGAAUUCAGUGUAUGGAUACAAACGAUUAUAAAAAUGAGACCCGCUAUCAUCCUUGGGGCGUGGACUAUCACGCUUCUUGGACAAAGAGAAAAAAAGGAAACUGGCACCCAAAAGUUUUGGAAACAAUCCUGAUUUGCCGCCCGAUCGAGGAAUGA